CCUCCCGGCGGCUGGCGGCGCGCGCAAGGGCGGGGGUGGUGCGUGUGUGUGGUGUGUAUGUGUGUGUAGCUUUGGUGCGGAGCGCCAGCCGCCAGUCCCCGUGUGCGAAUCCCCCACCGUCCUCCACACCCUCCCUCCGUCCCCCCCACUCCUUCCCUUCCACCCUCCCGCGGCCCUACGGCCGCACGCCGAGCGACAGCCCUGGGAAGCAGGUGUGGGCAGCGAGCGGGGUCGCACGAGACAAAAGGGCCGCGGGGGUCGGCCCGCCAUGGCCUCCCGGAGCCUGGGGGGCCUGGGCGGGAACCGCGGCGGGGGCGGCGGCGGCGGCAGGAAGAGCCUGAGCGCCCGCAACGCCGCGGUGGAGAGGAGGAACCUGAUCACGGUGUGCAGAUUUUCUGUGAAGACCCUGAUUGAUCGGUCCUGCUUUGAGACAAUUGAUGAUUCUUCUCCUGAAUUUAACAAUUUUGCUGCUAUUUUGGAACAGAUUCUAAGUCACCGGCUGAAAGAGAUUUCCCAAAGUUGCCGAUGGCUGGCUCAUCUCCAAAUACCUCUUCAAGGUCAAGUAACCUGGUUUGGUUAUGAAAGUCCUCGUAGCUUCUGGGACUAUAUCAGAGUGGCUUGCCGGAAAGUUUCACAGAACUGUAUCUGCAGCAUUGAAAAUAUGGAAAAUGUCAGUUCCUCUAGAGCUAAGGGUAGAGCCUGGAUCAGAGUAGCACUCAUGGAAAAACAUUUAUCUGAAUACAUCUCUACAGCUCUGAGAGACUUCAAAACAACCAGGAGAUUUUAUGAAGAUGGAGCAAUUGUCUUGGGUGAGGAAGCAAAUAUGCUUGCUGGCAUGCUGCUUGGACUCAAUGCUAUUGAUUUCAGUUUCUGCCUGAAGGGAGAAGGAUUAGAUGGCAACUUUCCUGCUGUAAUAGACUAUACACCAUAUUUGAAGUUUACCCAAAGUUCUGACAGUAUCAGCAGUGAUGAGGAAGAGCUGAGGACUUUGGGAAGCAGUGGUAGUGAAAGCAGCACUCCAGAGAACGUCGGGCCUCCUUUCAUCAUGGAUGAGAAUAGUUGGUUCAACAAGUGUAAGAGAGUUAAACAAAAGUAUCAACUAACGCUGGAACAGAAGGGUUAUCUUGAAGAACUCUUACGACUUCGAGAGAACCAGCUGUCUGAAUCUGUCGCUCAGAAUAAAAUACUACUACAAAGGAUUGAAGAUUCUGAUCUGGCUCAUAAAUUGGAGAAGGAACAAUUAGAAUAUAUAAUUGUGGAGCUUCAAGAUCAGCUGACUGUGCUAAAGAAUAAUGAUUUAAGAUCAAGACAAGAGUUAACUGCCCACCUCACCAACCAGUGGCCUUCCCCAGGAGCUCUGGAUGUCAAUGCUGUUGCCUUGGAUACGUUGCUUUACCGAAAACACAAUAAACAGUGGUAUGAAAAAAGUUGUCAAAGUCUUGACCAGUUAUCAGCUGAAGUUAGUCUUUCUCAGACUUCACUGGAUCCAGGUCAGUCACAAGGAGAUGGAAAACAAGACACAUUAAAUUUAAUCAGUGAAGGUAAAGAAGAUACUCCCUCAUUACUUGGUCUCUGUGGGUCUCUAACAUCAGUGGCAAGUUACAAAUCUCUAACAAGCCUAAAAUCUAAUGACUACCUUGCAAGUCCUACAACAGAGAUGACAAGUCCAGGUCUAACUCCAUCCUGAAAAAUUUUAUGUAAAAGCCAAAAGUUUUUAUGUUGCAAAUGUUCUAUUUAUGUAAGUGUGACUGCUGGGAAAACAUCUGGAAUUUUAUAUUGUUCUGGCACAUGUCUGGAAUUCUGUCGCUUAUAUUAGAGAAUUCAGUCCACUCCAUGUAAACUUCUGAGUGAAAAAAAAAAUGACUCUGCCACUUUUCAUUUUAAAAUUCCUAUAUUUGUCACUGAGGAAGUUUAAAAAUGAAUAGGCUUAAAAAAAACUUUCAGAGAUCCUCUAAGUUAAUAAUCCAUGGCAAAUUAUACAUCUUUAUUAUUCAGCUGAUUUUCAUGUAUUUAAAUGUGUCAUAAUUGCCAGAGACCGAGUUCAAGGUUUUAUUCUAGAGACUUAAGCUAAGUAUUUUCUUUUGCUUUUAUUCAGUGAUUAAAUUUUCUAAGAAUGAGUUACUUCAUUUUUCAUGAAUUUCUUCCCACGUUCUGCUAUUUAAAUGCCUUGUCUUUAAAGUGAAGAUAAAGGUUCUUAGCUGCAGUUUCACAGUGGCUUAUUCAGUUUUUCUUUAUCAUUUGGCAUCAGCCUAACAUUCCACUUUAUAUAAAUUUUGUAGGAUGUAUCGUUAGGCAGUUACUAAAUUUGUUAGGGUCACAGCGAAAGUAUUUUACAGUAUUUUAGACCAUUAAGGUAAAGUGAAUACAUUUGUUUUUGUUUUUCCAAGAUUUUCUUAAGUUUAUCAAUUUCAAAAUUGAUCAAAUUUGUCUCAUAAACUGGAAACAUUUAAAAAUGUAGAACAGAUGUUGAAAAAGUAUUUUAUCGGCAAAGAGUUCAAGUUCAUUUAAGGAUCUGAGAAGCUUUUAAAGUAAGGAUCAGUAGGCUAAUCACCAUACUUAACAAUAUGUCUGACAUCCAGUGCUGUUUUCCUGCCUCGUAUGCAAGAAUGAAUUGUCAUACAUGCUUUACAGCUUGUCAUUAGUCAUACCAUAAUCUCAUUUAAAAAUUGACGUUAAUGUUAAAAAUUACCCCACUUCUACAAGUAAAAAAUUAGUUUUUUUUGAAAAAGCCGUGAGCCGUCUUUUAAAUUUUUGCAAAUUUUGGAACAACUGUACAUUUGUCCCUAAAAAUUCCACCAUAUUGAAAGAGAAAAUGUAUGAAGUAUAUUUUCUAUAGUAAGUAAUAUGAGGAAAACAUGAUCAGCUGUGCCAAAGAAGUUUUAUACAUUGUUUACAUGAAGAGGCUACUACAGUACUUACUGGGGACUUCAUAUGCUAUUUUUAUUUGUUAACAUUACAUUCAAACGUAGUAACUUUGACAUAUAGAAUGAAUGUUCCUCCUAAAAUUUUUUAUUGAGAGGAGACAAGAAGCACUUGUUAGUCAUUCUUUGUAUUAGAAAUGUGAGGGGCUUCCCUGGUGGCGCAGUGGCUGAGAGUCCACCUGCCGAUGCAGGGGACACGGGUUCGCGCCCCGGUCCGGGAAGAUCCCACAUGCCGCGGAGCGGCUGGGCCCGUGAGCCGUGGCCGCUGAGCCUGCGCGUCCGGAGCCUGCGCUCCGCAACGGGAGAGGCCGCAACAGGGAGAGGCCCGCGUACCGCAAAAAAAAAAAAAAAAAAAAAAAAAAGUGGGAGUGUGGUGGUUCUCUUGAAAUAUUUAGAGUUCUCUGAAAUAUUUAGAGCUUUACGCUCAUCAUUUGGAAUUUAAGAUAAUAAACAGUAACAAGGCUAGUCUUAUAUGUAAGAUCAUUCAAACAGUGUCAUUUCAGGGACAAAGAAGGCCUGAAAUCCCUUAAAAUAAAUGAUCUUAGAUGUACCAGAACAUAUUCAGAGCUUUAUUCCUUUAGCUUGAGGCUUUAGUACUUGCAGUAAUGCAGAUAUUGAGAAAUGGUACCUUUAUUCUUAAUUCUGUACACAUUAUUGUGAGCGAGAGGUAUCUAAAGCAGUUUGGAAUCAGCAUGGGGGAACAGAAGGAAGGUUUAACUGAGGACAGUGGGAACCCUGCGAGGAGGGAAUGAGAUGGUUAAGGAGGGAACUUAAGAAAUUUUAGGCUAGCCUUAAGCACUAUUGCUGCUUUCCUAACAAACAAACAGCUAUCAGAAUGUUUAAAUGCUUUCAUUCAUGGUCCACUCUCAAAUGUCAUUUAUUAUCCUUCAGUAAUUAAAAAAAAAAUCAUUGUUAAAUUUUUUCCAUACAUUUUUAUAAUAUCGAAAGGAAAUACAAGGUUCCCUAAUUGAUCAAAUUUUUCAGAUUUGCCUCAUGUGUACAAUAACUUGUGCAUCUUAACAUGCUGCUAAAUGCAGAUUUAAACCUGACAUCUGAGGAUAAUGACUUUUUCUCCUUUCUUGGAGCUCUUGGUAUAAAAUUCACCUGCUAAUGUGACUUCAGGUUUCUACACGGUUCAUUUCACACUAGUCAUAGAGGUAGUCUGUUAGUGUUUGCAUGAGGUAUGUCUCAAUCUUUAAUUUUAGGUGGUAGUGUUUCUUGUUCACACACCCUCCCCCUAAAUAGAAUGCUGAACUAUAUGCUACUAUUUCCAUGUGUAUUUUGUUGCCUUGAUGUACGAUACUUGUUGCAUGUAUAUUAAA